GUUUAAUUCUUCUUAAUUGUAACAUUUAAUAAAUUUAUGAUAAGUCAUCGUCAAGUGGAGCGGAAGGCGGAGGUCAUGUCAUCGAUCGGCAGCCAACGGCUUGCUUGAAUCCUUCCUUGCAUGCAAUUUGGUUUCGCCCUUCCACGUGGUGCUCAUUUCUGCAUCAUCUUCCAUCAUCAUCACCUCACUGCAACAAAAAUAUAUAUAAAUACCACUUCAUGCACAAACCCAAUUGUCACAACCUUUACCACUAGCUAGAAGUCGUAUAACUCCGACCAUAAUUGUAUUCACUGCAUCUGGUCUGUUUUCUUUGGUUUUUGUUAUGAUGAUGAUGGCGCGAGCAGAAGAUGAUAAUACGGGGACGGUGGUGAUCGACUUAGGGAGCUUCGAUCUCGAUACGGCGGCCGCCGAGUACUACGGACAAGAAGAAAACAAGAUCGGCAUGACGACCGGCGAUCAACAACAAGACGAUCACAGCUGCUCGCAGUUGUAUUUGUCAGCCAGGGAGAUGGAAGCCCUCACGGCUCUCUGCGACACCUUCUUGCCCUCCAUCCAGACUACGACGGCGACGGCGACCGAUCCCUCCGCCGUCGCCGCGUUCUACCAAACGUCGGCUUCCAUGGCGGGGACUCCUCAACGGGUAGGAAGGAUCAUAAGCGAGAGACUGGAGCACCCAAAGGUUUGGCUCAUAAGGCUUGCGUUAUGGCUGCUCUCCACAUGGAUUGGGACCUUCAUCUUCUGCGGGAGAGCCAGCCUUUGUGGUCGUUUCCCAUUCUUCCUCAGCUUCCCUCAAAUCCCUCUGGAGAAGAGGGAACGAAUCCUCGUCUCCUGGUCGCAGAGCUACUUCUUCCUGCUCAGGAUGCUCUUCAAGUCUUUGAAACUCAUCAUCCCACUUGUCUUCUUCUCCCAGGUAGAUGAGAAGAAUGAGAACCUGACAUGGAAAGCAAUUGGGUAUCCUGGACCAGACCCCGCAGCUGCUGAUGCUGAUAAUUCCGCCACCAAAGAAGACAUUUAUGGACCACUCUGCAGAGGUCUCAUUAACAUGAACCUUCCAAAGAACAUAGCUGUAGACUGCCUACAUAGAUCAGGAUUUCCAGCCACCAUCUGUCGCGCCACAGGAACAAUCAACAUCAAAUGUGAUGCUGUAGUAGUUGGCUCUGGCUCUGGAGGUGGUGUAAUCGCCGGGGUACUAGCCAAAGCCGGGUACAAAGUGCUUGUCCUGGAGAAAGGAAGCUACUUGGCCAGAAGCAACCUUUCACUCCUGGAAGGCCCUUCCAUGGAUCAAAUGUACCUCUCAGGAGGUCUCAUGGCCACCGACGACAUGAGCUUUGUGGUCCUCGCUGGCUCCACAGUGGGAGGUGGAUCCACAAUCAACUGGUCUGCCUCGCUUGAAACCCCACAGAAUGUGACCAAAGAGUGGAGCGACGAACAUCAACUGGAGCUGUUUGAGAGCAAAAUGUACAGGGAAGCAAUGCAGGUUGUUUGCGAGAGGAUGGGAGUUCAGUCCCAGAUACACGGAGGGGAAGGACUCAACAAUUCUGUGCUGAGAAAAGGGUGCGAGAAAUUGGGGUAUCCGGUGAACGACAUUCCAAGGAAUUCCGACCCAAAUCACUACUGCGGCUGGUGCAACUUUGGGUGUAAGAAUGGGCUGAAGAAAGGCACUUCUGAGACAUGGCUGGUGGACUUGGUGGAUUCAGGUAAUGGCGUGAUUCUCCCGGGCUGCAAUGCAGUCCAAGUUCUGCACGAGGGGAAGAAAGGGAAAUCAUCAACAAAUCGAGAAUCAGCAACUGGGGUUGUGUUCGAAUUCGAAUCAUUCAGUGGAGGAUCGAGGACGAAAGUUACCUGCAAGGUCGAAUCCAAAGUCACAAUAGUCGCUUGCGGAGCUCUCAGCACUCCGCCAUUGCUGCGGAGAAGCGGCCUGAAGAAUCCCCACAUCGGGAAGAAUCUCCACCUCCACCCGGUCACAAUGGCGUGGGGAUACUUCCCGGAAGACGAAGAAUCGAAGCAGAAGAGCUACGAGGGAGGGAUAAUGACGGCGAUGUCGAGGGUAAUUGCCGACGAAUCGACAAAUGGGUCCUAUGGGGCAGUUAUUCAAACACCUUCUCUGCAUCCCGGAAUGUUCUCGGGUUUAAUGCCGUGGGUCUCUGGAUCCGACAUGAAACGGAGGAUGACUAGGUUUUCGCGAACGGCCCACAUAUUUACACUGGCGAGGGAUAAGGGAUCCGGUACCGUCGGCGAUUCUCACUGCAGAAUCAGCUACAGGGUGGAAGAUUCCGACGAGAGGAAUCUGCAGAAGGGUGUGGAGAAGAUGCUGAGGAUUCUGGCAGCGGCCGGAGCGGAAGAGAUUGGAACUCAUAAUCUGGGCGGGAAGAGCAUAAACGUGAAGGAAGCCAGUUGCGACGAGUUCGAGAGUUUUGUGAAGGAGGAGAGCCGGCUUCCGAUGAGAGGACUGGCGACGCAGCUGUGCUCGGCGCAUCAGAUGGGGAGCUGCCGGAUGGGGGCGGAUCCGGCGGUGUCGGCGGUGAAGGAGACUGGGGAAACGUGGGAGGUGGAAGGGCUUUACGUGGCGGAUUCGAGCGUAUUCCCGACGGCGCUUGGGGUGAAUCCCAUGGUGACGGUCCAGGCGAUCGCUUUUUGCACGGCGCAGUCGGUUCUUGAGCGUCUCAAGCGGAAGAAAUUUUCUUGAAAACUCGGGAAUUUGAGUUCCGAUUUUCCUCAACCUGAUUUGCUCCCUGUAAACAGGCUUAUAAUUCAGUCCAUGUCAUUUCUCAACAAAAAAAAAAAACAGUCCAGGUCAUUGUAUUUUGCCUUGAAAUGGGCUUUUAGGCCCAUGGAAAUAAAUAUAUGCGGCCAGUUCAAUUUAGUGGGCUAAUGAAGUGGUAGCCGGCUGGUUGCUUCUUCAAUGCCUACGCCAGGCUCAGAUCGGUAUGGUUAAUGGUUUGGUUUUGGAUUGGAUU